AUGCCAGAAAUUCACGGCUACCUGCGUGUCAGGGGCACUGACGUGGUCGAUGAGGAUGGCAACAAGGUCAUCCUCAAGGGCGCUGCUACUGGCGGCCACACUAACAUGGAGAACUUCAUCACUGGUUACCCAGGACACGAGCAUGAGAUGCGAAAGGCUCUACUAGAAGUGUUGGGCAAGGAGAAGUAUGAAUUCUUCUUCGAAAAAGUAAGCUUCAAGUUACCCGCACGAUUGAUCUGCAAUGCUCACCCUCCUACCCAGUUCCUCGAGUAUUUCUUCACAUCGUCGGACGCCAAAUUGUUCGCAUCGCUGGGUCUCAACUGCCUCCGAAUCCCGCUUAACCACCGCUAUUUCAUGGACGACCUCAAUCCAUCUGUGAUCAAGCCUGAGGGCUUCAAGCUUGUAGACCGUAUUGUCGAGGCCUGCGCUGCGGAAGGCCUCUACACGAUCCUAGACAUGCACACCUUUCCAGGCGGCCAGAAUCAGGGUUGGCAUUCAGACAGUGGCUUACAUCGAGCACUAUUCUGGGAGUAUCAGGAUUUGCAGGACCGUGCCACUAACAUGUGGGUCGAAAUUGCUAAGCACUAUGCUGGGAACAAAUGGGUUGCAGGCUAUAACCCAAUGAACGAGCCAGGAGAUCCCGAUCACUACCACCUGCAGAAGUGGUAUGCUGUAGUCGAGAAGGCGAUUCGAGAAGUCGAUCCUCACCACAUUCUCUGGCUGGAUGGUAACACCUACUCCAUGGACUUCUCUGGCUUCAAGGACGUGCUCCCGAAUUGUGUGUACGCGAUACAUGAUUACAGCAACAUGGGUUUCCCAGCAGGCCAGCCUUAUGACGGCACAGACGAGCAAAAGCAGAUCCUUCGUAAGCAGUAUGAGCGUAAGGUAGAGUUCAUGCGAGAGCAUAAAGUGCCUAUCUGGAAUGGCGAGUUUGGCCCUGUAUAUGCCAGUCCUGGAGAGGAUAACUACGAGACUAUCAACCAGCAAAGGUAUAAUCUCUUGGGUGAGCAAUUAUCGAUCUACAAGCAAGACCAGAUCCAUUGGUCGAUUUGGCUAUACAAGGAUAUCGGCUUCCAGGGGGGCCGUGACGAUACACACGUCAAGCAUAUCUACGAUCCGCUCAUUCAGCAUCUGAAGGAAGAGAUCCCAGAGCAGUUCCAGCGACGGCGAUAUCCUCAGCAUUGGGGCUUGGAGGGCCAUGUGCAUCGCGUGGUGCGUGAGCUGCUUGUCUCGGAGCUGCUGACUUAUGAGUAUGCCUCAUACUUCGAGGGCAAGACGACGGAAGAGCUCGAUGAGCUGGCGGCGAGUUUCAAGCUCGAGAAUUGUCUGAAGAGAGAUGGCUUGAACAGAAUCUUGCAAGAGGAUGCCGGCAUCACUGCAUGA